AUAAUCAAUUAAUCCUCUGUGUGCCACUCUUCAUGGCUAAAUUCCUUCCAAUUUUCUAUCCCCAUUUCAUUAUUAUCUUCAUCUUCUCAAUCUCCAUAAUUUUAAUCUCUAGUGAGCACCAUGGCUAUGCAAAUACCAUAAACAAAAAAGUUCCUGAUCUUUCUAAAGAAAAGCUUAGCCAAUUUCGAUUUUAUUGGCAUGACACUCUUUCUGGCUCUAAGCCUACUUCAAUGCAAGUUAUGCCACCGGUUUCUAAUUAUUCAUCAACCACAACUUUUGGUUUGAUGAACAUGAUCGACAAUCCCCUGACUGAAGGUCCUCGUUUAAGCUCGAAACUGAUUGGUAAAGCACAAGGGUUUUAUGUUUCGACAUCCCAAGAAGAAGUAGUCUUACUCAUGGCGAUGAAUUUUGCUUUUGUUCAAGGUAAGUAUAAUGGUAGUACUAUAACUGUGUUAGGGAGGAAUCCCGUAUUUUCAAAGAUGAGAGAGAUGCCGGUGAUCGGAGGAUCGGGACUUUUUAGAUUUGCUAGAGGGUAUGUCAAGCUUAAAACUUACAAAGUGGAUAAUAAUACAAGAAAUGCUAUAGUUGAGUAUAAUUGUUAUGUUCUACAUUAUUGAAUUUGGUGGCCAUCAUCCUAAGGGGGCGUUUGGUUUCUGUAUUUAAAGAUUACCUUGGUAAUCUAUAUUUUUUUUCCCUUAUUUGGAUUAUCAGUAAUAAAAAAUUACAGUAAUCUUCUAUUAUCAA